CCCGUGGCGGCGCCGGUGGGAGCAGCCCCGUCCCGCGGGGACUACAACUCCCAGCGCUCCGCGGCGCGGCCCGGCGGCGGCCCAGGAGGUGAGAGCGGCUGCCCGGGGAGUCGAGUUCUCCUUCAGGCCGCAGCAUGAACGGCAGCGUGGCGAGCGGCGGCUUUGCCGAGGAGAUCAUCAGCCUCACCCGCAGACCCUCAGGGUUGGGCUUCAACAUUGUUGGGGGGACAGAUCAGCAGUACAUUGCCAAUGACAACAGCAUCUAUGUCAGCUGGAUCAAAAAGGAUGGGGCAGCUUACCUUGAUGGCCGAUUACAAGAAGGAGAUAAAAUAGUAGCGAUCAAUGGCAAAGACUUGAAGGAUUUGCGGCACAAGGAUGCUGUGGAACUGUUCAGGAAUGCAGGCUGUUACGUGUCUCUGAAAAUUCAGCGCAGGUUGCAGCCACAGAAUGGCCCUGUGGGUCAUGGAGGAGAUGGAGAAUCAGGUGGGCUUCCUCUGGCAGCCAUCCUUGUGCCAGGCCUGGCGCUUGCUGUGACAGCAGUCUGGAUCUUGCUGAGGUAUCGACAGCGGAUGUGAAGAGUUCACGGCUGGGAUAUCACUGCAUAUUUUACACAGCUAUGAUGCAAUUUAAAGAUAGAGAAUCAACAAUCUUGUCACAGACUGAUGCCAAAAAGGAUCAUUGCCUAUCAUCAAAGUUGCUGCUGAUGUUCACAUAUAUUGAUUUUGUUGCAGGGUGGGUAGAAGCAGAGAGAAAAAAGGGAAGGGAGAGGACUGUGUUUAUGUAAAGAGUGGGAUAGCUGUAUUUUUUGACAAAUCGAGGAGGCUUUGCCAUCCUCCUCUAUUUUGCACCAUGAACUUUCAAAUACACUCAUCUAUUCCACAUUUUAAGGUUUAACUUUUGGUUAAAGGGAGUGGGAGUGGUUUUAAAUCAAAAACAUUAUCUAGAGGCUUUGCCUUGUUUCCACAGAAUUUUUUCUUGAAUUUAAUGAAUUCUGUCCAAACCAUGAAUAAAGAGAAGCAAUGCAAAGGAUA